GUAUACACAGUAGGUCCAGACUAUGCUCAUGCUGAAGCCCGGAAGUCUCCAGCUCUGGAUGGCAAGGUAGAACGAGAUAGUGAAGGAAAAGAAGUAAGGUAUCCAGUCAUUCUGAAUGCAAGAGAGAAGUUAAUUGCUUGGAAAGUAUGCCUUGCCUUUAAACAAACAGUGUGUGGCUUUGAUUUGCUGCGUGCUAAUGGACAGUCCUAUGUCUGUGAUGUGAAUGGCUUCAGUUUUGUGAAAAACUCCAUGAAAUACUAUGAUGAUUGUGCUAAGAUACUGGGAAAUAUCAUCAUGAGAGAGCUUGCUCCCCAGUUUCAGAUACCGUGGUCAAUUCCUUUGGAAGCUGAAGACAUCCCUAUUGUGCCAACCACCUCUGGAACAAUGAUGGAGCUUAGAUGUGUGAUAGCUGUAAUACGCCAUGGGGACCGAACACCAAAACAAAAAAUGAAAAUGGAAGUAAAACACCAGAGAUUUUUUGAUCUCUUUGAAAAAUGUGAUGGAUAUAAAUCUGGAAAACUGAAACUGAAAAAACCAAAACAGUUGCAGGAAGUGCUUGAUAUAGCAAGGCAACUCCUUGUAGAACUGGGGCAAAACAAUGAUUCUGAAAUUGAGGAAAGUAAAGCAAAACUUGAACAGCUAAAGACUGUGUUAGAAAUGUAUGGGCAUUUUUCAGGCAUAAAUCGCAAAGUUCAGUUAACAUAUCUUCCACAUGGUUGCCCAAAGACUUCCAGUGAAGAGGAAGAUAAUAGAAGAAAUGAGCCAUCUCUGCUUCUAGUUCUAAAAUGGGGAGGAGAAUUGACCCCUGCAGGCAGAGUUCAAGCAGAGGAGCUUGGAAGGGCUUUCAGGUGUAUGUAUCCAGGUGGACAGGGAGAUUAUGCUGGAUUUCCUGGAUGUGGUUUACUUAGAUUACAUAGCACUUACCGACAUGAUCUCAAAAUCUACGCUUCUGAUGAGGGACGAGUUCAAAUGACUGCAGCAGCUUUUGCAAAGGGACUACUGGCUUUAGAGGGUGAGCUGACUCCUAUUCUUGUCCAGAUGGUAAAAAGUGCUAAUAUGAAUGGUCUGUUAGACAGUGACAGUGAUUCUUUAAGCAGCUGUCAGCAUCGUGUUAAAGCCAGACUCCAUGAAAUUCUCCAGAGAGACAGAGAAUUUACUUCUGAUGACUAUGAUAAGCUUACUCCAUCUGGAAGCAUCUCAUUGAAAAAAUCAAUGCAGGUUAUUAAAAAUCCUGUAAAGACAUGUGACAAGGUCUAUUCCUUGAUCCAGAGUUUGACUUCUCAGAUCAGGCAAAGAAUGGAAGAUCCAAAGUCUGCAGAUAUUCAGCUGUACCACAGUGAAACACUAGAACUCAUGUUGCGUAGGUGGGCCAAGCUGGAAAAAGACUUUAAAACAAAAAAUGGAAGAUAUGAUAUUAGCAAAAUUCCUGAUAUUUACGACUGUAUAAAAUAUGAUGUGCAGCACAAUGGCUCCUUAAAAUUAGAAAACACAAUGGAAUUAUACAGGCUUUCAAAAGCUUUAGCUGACAUUGUGAUCCCUCAGGAAUAUGGUAUUUCUAAGGCUGAGAAACUAGAGAUUGCCAAAGGUUACUGCACUCCUCUAGUUAGAAAAAUACGUUCUGACCUUCAGAGGACUCAAGAUGAUGAUACUGUAAAUAAGCUUCACCCUCUUUACUCCAGGGGUGUUAUGUCCCCUGAACGCCAUGUUCGUACACGGCUGUAUUUCACCAGUGAGAGUCAUGUCCACUCCCUAUUAUCCACCCUUCGUUAUGGUGCCUUAUGUGAUGAAUCAAAAGAUGAGCAGUGGAAACGAGCUAUGGAUUAUUUAAAUAUUGUCAAUGAACUCAAUUACAUGACACAGAUUGUUAUCAUGCUUUAUGAGGAUCCAAACAAGGAACUUUCUUCGGAAGAACGUUUUCAUGUAGAGCUGCACUUUAGUCCAGGAGCCAAAGGCUGUGAAGAAGAUAAAAAUUUACCAGCUGGGUAUGGAUACAGACCUGCUUCCAGAGAGAAUGAAGGCUCAAAGAAAACCUCUCAUAGAAAUGAUAGUGAUGAGGAGACACAUGCUUCUAGAAGAGAUGAAACAGAUCGAUCACUAGUGAUGUUCAAGCCAAUGGUGUCAGACCCAAUUCACAUACACAGAAAGUCACCCCUUCCAAGAUCCCGGAAGAUUGGUUCUGUAGAAGAAGAGAGCCCCCUGAGUGUGUCUAGCCCAGAGUGUAUUGGUACCUGGCUGCAUUACACCAGUGGUGUGGGUACUGGGCGUCGAAGACGCAGAUCAGGGGAACAAAUCACUUCUUCCCCUGUGUCCCCUAAAUCAUUGGCUUUCACAUCCAGUAUUUUUGGCUCAUGGCAACAGGUCUUAUCAGAAAGCAAUAGUAACUUACGAACACCGAGAACUAUUCUGGAACAAAAGCAGAGUGGUCUAGGGUCUCACUGUGCGGGCCUGUUUAGCACCUCAGUGCUCGGGGGUUCUUCAAGUGCACCUAACCUACAGGAUUAUGCUCGUACUCAUCGUAAAAAGCUGACUUCCUCUGGCUUCAUAGAUGGUUUUGAACUAUAUUCCAUGGUGCCUUCUAUUUGCCCUUUGGAAACUCUACACAACUCCUUGUCUCUGAAGCAGGUGGAUGAAUUUCUUGCCUCUGUGGCUGCUCCAUCAAGGGAAAAUCUACAGGAGACAUCUUCUCCAACUUACAUGAUUCCACUGUCAGGAAGAAAAAUUCCUUUAAAUACUUAUACCCCUGCAAAAAUUCAACCAACACCACUUGAAACUUUGCCUGAAAGAGUAGCAAUAAAGAAACCAACCUUAUCUACCUUUGGAUCUUCUGAUUGUGUACCUAAUGUCAAGCUGUCUCUAGAAGAGGCUUCUCUAGAUGUAGAACCUA